AUAUUUGGACUCGGCGGCCCGUGCCCAGGAAUUUCCCGUCAUGCCUCCCGCCGCCCCGUCCGUCGCCCGGAGCCGGGGAGGGAGGGAGAGAGGUUCGGACAGCGGCGGCGUCUGCUCGGCCUUUCCAUGAGCCCGCGGCGGACCCUCCCGCGCCCCCUCUCGCUUUGCCUCUGCCUCUGCCUCUGCCUGGCCGGGGCCGCGGCUCUGGGAAGUGCGCAGUCCGCUCUUGCCCCUGUUCUUUGCUUCUCGUUUUGUUGGUGAAGAUAUCACAGUGAUGUCUGCAUUCAACCUGCUGCAUUUGGUGACAAAGAGCCAGCCAGUAGCCCUUCGAGCCUGUGGGCUUCCCUCAGGGUCAUGUAGGGAUAAAAAGAACUGUAAGGUGGUCUUUUCCCAGCAGGAACUGAGGAAGCGGCUAACACCCCUGCAGUACCAUGUCACUCAGGAGAAAGGGACCGAAAGUGCCUUCGAAGGAGAAUACACACAUCACAAAGAUCCUGGAAUAUAUAAAUGUGUUGUUUGUGGAACUCCAUUGUUUAAAUCAGAAACGAAAUUUGACUCCGGUUCAGGUUGGCCUUCAUUCCACGAUGUGAUCAGUUCUGAGGCAAUCACAUUCACAGAUGACUUUUCCUAUGGGAUGCACAGGGUGGAAACAAGCUGCUCUCAGCUUAUAAGGCUACUCAGGCAUCUGGUGUUUGUUAGAUGGCUGUGUUGCAUCAUCCUUAUGAUUGCUGGGGAACAUCUCCUAGCAUUCGAGCGAUUGAAAGAAAGACUAUGGGGCACAAAAUGGCCUCAUCCGGUUUACAUCUUCAUUGCUGCGCUUCUCAUAUACCUGCUUACAUCUGGAAAAAAUCUCCAGGUAAACCUCUUGGGUUCUUUCUCUAAAGAGUAACUGCAAUUAUUAGGGCUAUACCCAAAUUCAGCUUAGAAUAGGUAUGUGGCUGAACUUCAGCCAAAACCCUGUGCCUGUCUAAAAGAGAUUUUCUUUUUUUAUAUCCAAUUACAUAGGAGGGGGCUUUUCCCCACACAUGGUCAGUGGGGUUCCUGAUUCUUUAUGCCCAAGUCUUCCAUUUACGUCCUUAGGGAAAAGGCAGGGAAACUUUAGGGAAGAAACAGAGAUCUCUUCAAAUCUCCUUAGUGUUUUUUCUUCACUACCAAACCCCAGAAUUCUAAUAUGGAUUGCAGAUCAUGCCAAAAUUUUACAAAUGCUAAAUCUUCAUCCCACUAGGUUCUAUCACAAACUUUACCUUACUAACAGCAUCAAGACCAAACAAAGAACAACAAUAAAAACUGCAAGCAAAACCAACUACCAUCUCUAUUUCCAGCCUAUCCCUCUGAUAUGUGGAGUUCAUACAUUCAGCAUGAUUUAUUGAGCACAUACUAGGGUGCCAGGUACCACACUUGGCACAGGAAACCCCAAACCGAAUAAAACUCCCUGUGCAGUGCAAUUAGCUGGAAAAACAGAAAUGCAGCUAAUUAUGCAUAAUACUGGCAUGUUGCAUAGGGUUAUGCAGAAGUGUAAAUAAAAUGUAAUGAAAACUCAACUGGGAGAAGGAUGAAUUAUCCUCCCCUAGAAAAGUGAUGAAGCAGGGAGAGUGGCAGUCAAGGAAGGCUUCACUUAGAGAUGAAAGUGCAGCUGGGUCUUGAAAAAUAUGUAGUCUUUCACAUAGAAGAGAAGAAAACAAGGUGGUUCAGAGAAAGAGUUGAGGUGAGAUCUGUAACUUUUUCAAACACAUUUCUGUUUAUUUUGAGAAGUAGUGGUUGUCUAAGAUCAUCUCAGAAGUAUUGUUUUUCAUUUGC